AUGUCAUCAAAUUCAAACCAUCAGUUAGAUGUAAUUAUACCAUCGAAAGAGGAAGCACUAGAAUUAGAUGAUGAAAUAGUUGAAUUAUUAUUAUCAACAAAAGGAGGGAAUAUUACAAAGAUCACACCUGUUAAUAAUCAGCAUGGACGACGUUUUAUUGUUCAAUUUGCACAAACAGAAUCUGUUGAUAAUCUUGUAACUCAAAGCGUUUUAACGUUCGAUGAUGUUAAGAUAAAAAUGAAACGAACAAUAAAACAAAUUGAUAAACAGCGUUUUAUACUAAAAAUAUUGGGUGAUACAAAAAUAGAUCAAAGAAAAAUAGACUUAUACGUGGAAACACUUAUCGGAAAUAAUCCAUAUUCAAUAGAUGAUGUAACAGUAAAUAAUAAAAUAGAACAAAUCCAUUUGAUUAAAUGUGAACAAGAUAUUGAUUUAAUAAAAUUGUUUGAAUCUUACGCAAACAAAUCUAAAUUGCAAAAUAAAGAAGUGAAAUUAGUUCAAAUCUAUGAAACUGAUAUGCUCGACAUAUCGUUUGAAAGAUUGGAAGAACAACAAAUGUUAGACAAACAAUAUAUAAUAGAAUCAUCAAAAGAUAUUGUACCAACCUUAUUUUCAUCCUCAUUAGAUGAAAUAUUUGCAUUUUUCGUAUUUGAUGAUAAAGUAUCGGUUGAAUUUAUCGAUUCACAUGCCUUGAAAAGAUGGAUGGAAACAAAUAAAGUACAAAGUCAAUACAACAUUCGAGUUCAACCAGUUCUACACGCUGUGGAGAAUGAAAUAAAAGAAAUGAACACAAACAAACAAAAACCGAAUAUUAUUCCAAAUGAAUUAACUCCAGUGGAAAAAUCUAUAGUUCAACCUCACACGUGUCGUUCAUCGUCAAAUAUUGAAAAGUCAUUGAUACCAAAAUUACAACCUGAUUAUUCAGAGAUAACAACAGCUUCAUCUAUGAGAAAAGUAGAAAUAACAUUUGAUUCCCAGUUUGAAUUAAUUACAUCUCAUCCGACCUUUCAACUUGAGUACAAAAAGUUUAUAAGAUCAUAUAUGGAAUACAUCGAAAAUGAUAUUGAGAUUCAUGGCUAUUCCGUUACAUGCUUCGUGUCCGAUGAAUUUGUGAUAUUGGCUCCAACAGAUUUGUUGGAUAAUACGAAAACAUUUAUGGAAAAAUUUGUUAUUAAAGAAUUACGUGAGCCAACGCUGGAACAAUUGGAUACACUAUUUAGAAAUAAGUUACCCUGUGCUUACAGACAAUUACCAGAUAAAAAAGGCUAUAUGGUAGCAGCUAAACGAACGAUAAUGGAUCAAUUACUUCAAAUUCGGGCACCACUUAAUCAAUCGAACUUGUCCACAAGUAACAGUAGAGUUGAAUCAUCGUCACUGUCACAUCCACCAUCAGUUCUUCAACCAGAAUUCAUUCCUUAUCCAAUCGAAAGUGCGCAAUAUUGUCAAUUUUUCAAUAAUGAUAUGUUUGAAAAUCGCUUUAAACAAUAUUUACGUGAUACAUACAUGACUAAAACAAAUGUGAAACGAGAGCAUGAUCACUCACCAUUGAAAAUGAAAAUUAUGAUCGAAUUAUAUGGGCGAUACGAUGAUAUUUCUUCGGCACGUACGGCAAUUGAAAAUCUGUUUACAUCACUCCAAACAAAAGUUUACAAUGAACAAAAUGUUGCCGAAUGGAUCAAAGUGGCCGAUUCUGUACAUCUUAUUCAAGAUUAUUUGAACCGAAAAGGUGUUAUAUGCGUCUGUCAACGAUCGAAAAAUGGUCUGAAUAUUCAUUAUUUCAAGCAUCCUCAAUUUGGUGCAGAAGAAAAUCAAAUUAGUGAUAUAAUUAACCAUGGAGUAUUUCUAUUCGAAAUUGUAACAAUAUCAUCAAAAUCCCAAACAAUAUCAAAACUGGCACAAAAAAUAAAUGAAUUUUAUGAUAAAUUGCAACAACGACCAGAUUAUAAUAAAGCCAUAUGUUGUGACAAACAUGAAACAAAAGUUUAUUUAUUUGGUUUAGCAGGAAUAGUUCCCGAAAUAAAAGAUCAAUUUGAAUCAAUCAAAGAUAAAUAUGAGCCAAAAUUACACAAAUUACAAUUAGAACAAAAUCAAGUGCGUAUCUUUACUUUUGAUGCAGUACAUACUUCCAAGAAUUAA